AUGCCUGAGUCAGGUUUUCCUUCGCCGACGUUUUCGAGUGUUCGAUUCGCUCUCGCUGGAUUCAGUUCCAUCGACGGAAACAAGUUACGAUCCAAGCUUCUGGACGGUGGUGGUACUGAUGUUGGGCAAUACAAUGAAACCUGUACUCACCUCAUUGUAGAUAAACUUGUUUAUGAUGAUCCGUUAUGUGUUGCUGCUCGAAGCAGUGGGAAGGUAGUUGUCACUAGAUCAUGGGUCGAUCACAGCUUUGAUGUUGGAAUGCUUGUAGAUGCAAAAUCGAUUUUGUACAGGCCACUUAAAGAUUUGAAUGGGAUUCCGGGGGCUAAAAGCUUAGUUGUGUGCUUGACUGGGUACCAACAUCAAGACAGAGAGGACAUUAUGAUGAUGGUUGAUUUGAUGGGGGGGCAGUUCUUGAAGCCAUUGGUUGCGAACCGAGUAACCCAUCUUAUAUGCUACAAGUUUGAGGGAGAGAAGUAUGAGCUAGCUAAGCGGAUGAAGAGGGCUAAACUAGUGAACCACCGGUGGUUAGAGGACUGUUUAAAGAAUUGGAAGCUCCUCCCAGAGGAUGACUACGAGAUAAGUGGCUAUGAUUUGGAGAUGAUGGAGGCUUCAGCUCGGGAUUCUGAGGACGAAGCAGAAGAUGCCUCUGUGAAGCGUGCAAACAAGAGCCCUCUUGGUCUUAGGGUCGGUGCUGUGGCUGCAGUUGAAGUGUCUAAGUCGGGAGGAAAAGAUGUUCCGGUUGUUCAAACAAAUCCAGUUGCACCAGGCGGCUCAUCUCUCUGUAAUACGUCCAAAGACAAUUGGUUGACUCCGAAAACGAAGAGCAAACCUCUUGAAACCAUGGUCUCUACUGAAGCACUUGCUCCUCAGCAGCCUAAUGAUCAGAGAGCAAGCACUCUUCAGAAUACUUCUAAUCAUGCGUCCCCCGUUCCAGUCAACAAGACUUCUGAGCAAGGGAUAGGCAGAUUGGAAACCGAUGACUCAACAGCUGUUAACAUGAGUAUCAGAAGGCAUUCUUCUCUAGCCACUUAUUCAAGGAAAACACUUCGGAAAUCACCAGAAACAUUUGGAAACGAAUCAACUGGCCAAAACGGUACCCUCCGAAUGGAUGACAGGGGAUUAGAAGCCUCGACUGCCUUUGAUUUCUCUGCAUCAAAAUCAGGUUCUACUGUGGAAAGAAGAACACUCUUUGAGGAUUUUGACAAGGUUGAUAAGUUGUUUGGCGAGGAGACCCCUCCGUUGUUGCCUCAGGCAAGAAUUACCGAUGGAUCUGCCAGCAGCAAAGGUUCAGAAAAGGUACACCACAACAGCGCGGCAAGUAUUCCACCACCGGCUAGUUUGUUAUUGCAGGAAUUAAGAACAGGUUCGCCUAUAGAAAACCUUAAGCCUAUGCCGAGCAUUACUGAUCCAACUGAGAUUGAGGAAGGUGGCCAUAAAACACCUGCAAGUGUUUCAAAUACUAAACUAUUGAGCUCCAAUGUGGUAGUGGUACCCAUGGACGGUGCUAUGUCAACUGCGGAGAAUAUCAUUUCCAAAUCUGCACUGGAUGAGUUACCGGAGAGAUCAUCGACUGAGCUAAUGGUGGGGAAUAUCUUAUUGCAGGAGCCAAGAUCGGGCUCACCUAAACAAAACCUCAGGGUUGUGCCAAACAUCAGCGACCACACUGAUGGCAGGGAAGUUGAAGAUAUGAGUGAUUCAGCAAUUAGGCUGUUCACUUCAAGUGUUGUGCCCAUGGAAGCUGAUACUUCAGGAAAUUUUACUUUGAAGGGUUCAUUGGAUGAAGCACCCGAAAGAUCCGGAACUGAGCCUGUGAUGAUGAGAUCUAGCACCUCUCCUAGGUCGGGUUUAACUGAAAUGAAAGACCAGCUGGAAGCAGAGAUGCCCAAGAAAAAUUCAGCUCCAAGAAAGAGCCUAGGCACCAGAGGCAGGAAAAAGACUCCCAUCAACCAAAAAGGAUCUAUAUACUUGAGCGAACCUACCCUAAAGGACGAGCGCACUGAUUGUUCAAACAAAGGAAAAGAUUCAGCGCCAGUAACAGAUAAUGGCUAUCAGAAGGAGAUAUCAAGUCCUGUCCUAAAUACUGAGGCUGUAUCAGAAGUGGCAAAUCAUAUUGAAUCAGAGACUGAAGCCCUUAAGGAAAUUGACUCUAAGGAUAAGAAGAGAAAGCUGCAGGCUAAGACCCCGGAGAAAGCUGAUGCAGAGUUGGAAAUUACAACGCUAGAACCGGAGCUUAAUGAUGUUCCAACUAAAGAUCCAAGUGAUGGUGCACUACAAUCAGAGGUUGGUAAGAAUAAAAGCAAGCGCACGAGGGAGGCUACGGUAGGGAAAAAUAGCCUUCAAAGGGGGAAGAAAGAAAGUUCUUCUACUGCCGAAGUAGGAAAAUCCAGCGGCAAGAAAACGAAAAAAUCUAGAAAAGAAGAUGAUGCCAAAGCAAAAGAUACAGUGCUGAAUGAUAUUGGAGAUAACUCUGCCAAAGAGAUGGAGAACUUUGCAUUGGAUGGUAAUUCUGGGAAGGUCAGUUGUGGUGUAGACCAAAGCCCAGUUGCGGGAGAAACAUCAGCAAGCAAGGAAUCUGAUACUAAGGAUCCAAGCGAUCCUGCAAUGCCAUUAGUGGUUGAUAAGAAUAAAGGUAAACGCAGAAAGGAGGCCACUGUCGGAAAAAGUAAUCUUCAAAGUGGAAAGAAAAGAAGUUCUCCUACAGCCGAAGCAGGAAAAACCAGUGCCAAAAAGGCGAAAAACUCUAAAAAAGAAGAUGUAGCCAAAACCAACGAUACUGAGAUGAAUGAUACAGGGAUUAACUCUGCAGAAGUGGAGGAGAAUGCAGCAGUUGAUAAGAAAUCUGGGGAUGUCAGUUCUGAUGGAGCCCAAAGCCCAGUUGCUGUAGAGGCUACUGUAGAAAGAAGUGCAAAAAAGGGAAGUUCUUCUACAGUUAAAGCAGGAAACUCCAGUGUCAAGAAGCCUAAAAAACGUGGCGCCAAAGCAUCCGACACUGUGAUGAAAGAUAUAGGGGAUAACUCUGGAGAAGAGAAGGAGAACAUUGCAGCGGAGAAUAAAUCUGGUGCAGAGAAAACCCUGGUUUCAAAAAAACCAUUAGCUAGAAAGAAAGCUGGAACUGGUACAAAGGCAGUUAGUUCCAAGCCUUUAGCUAGUAGAACAGUCUUGGAGCAAGAAGAGAAGCCUAAGUAUUUCAUUGUCAGUGGUCCUAAGUCCCAGAGAAAAGAAUUCCAGCAGAUCCUUAGGCGUUUAAAUGGCAAAUGUUGCAGGGAUUCUCAUCAGUGGUCUUAUCAGGCAACACAUUUCGUCACUCCUGAAAUCCGUAGGACCGAAAAGUUCUUCGCUGCUGCUGCAUCUGGAAGUUGGAUUCUGAAGACUGAUUAUGUGGCUGAUUCAAAGGAAGCUGGGAAACUAUUAGCAGAGGAGCCUUAUGAAUGGCACAGUAGUGAACCUAGCACUGAUAGAGCAAUAAGCCUUGAGGCCCCAAGGAAAUGGCGGCUCGUCAAAGAGCAAACAGGGCAUGGCGCUUUAUAUGGAUUGCGCAUUGUUGUAUACGGUGACUGCACCAACCCUUCUUUGGAUACGUUAAAGCGAGCAGUGAAAGCUGGGGGUGGUACGAUAGUAGCAACCGCACCGCCUUACACGCGUUUCUUGAAUGAAAACACUGAUUUUGCGUUGAUCAGCCCGGCAGUGUCUCAAGACGACGUUUGGAUCCAAGAGUUUAUAAGGCACGAGAUCCCUUGUGUCAGCGUGGAUUACAUUGUGGAGUACGUCUGCAAACCUGGACACCCACUUGACAAGCACGUCCUCUUCAACACUCACUCAUGGGCAGAUAGAUCCUUUGAUAAGCAGCAGCUUCGUGCUCAAGAGAUAGUCGAAAAAUAA